UUUCACACUCAAAAUUAAUGCAUAUGAAAUUUUUGGCAGACCCACUAGGAGGAUAUUUGCCUCUCAUCUCUUCUUUUCAUACACAAUUUCUGCCUCUCAUCUCUUCUUUUCAUACACAUAUAGGCCAUCGCUUCGGCCUCCGCCUCCGCAUCCGCACCGUAUUCUUCAGUCAUGGAUUUUGAAAAUUAUUACGAAAUUUCCCUCGUCGCCGACUUCAUUAUCGCCCAUAACUUCUCCAGAGUCGCCUUACAGUUUCCAGAUGAGCUCCUGAAAGAUUCAAGGAAAGUCGUGAGUGCUCUCCGGCAAGAGCUCCACCGGCCUCUUCAGAAUUCCGACGAGUCACGUGCAACCGCUAAGUUGUACGUGAUGGCCGACACCACCUACGGCAGCUGCUGCGUGGACGAGGUCGGAGCUGCUCAUGUGAAAGCUGAUUGCAUUAUUCAUUACGGCCACAGUUGCCUCAGCCCGACAACCACAAUUCCAGCUUUUUGUGUUUUCGGCAAGGCUCCUCUUAAGGCAUCUAACUGUGCUGAAAGUUUAUACAAUUAUGGCGUAAAAAGUGGCAAGCCUGUUCUGGUUCUUUUUGGGUUAGAAUAUGCUCAUGGAAUGCCGGAUAUAAAAGAGGCACUAAAUGUUGAAGCAAUGAGGUUUCAUGACUCCAACUCAGGAUUUCAGAUACAUUUUGCUAAUGUUACUAAUUCAGUUAUAACUCCAUCCGCAUCUAUGAAAUUGGAAAAUCGACAUUUAAUGUUGAAUGGCGAGCAGGAUAACAAUGAAGAUUCUUCUCAGAAGACUGAUACAAAAUUUAGACUAGGUGGUUUGGGUUGGAGUUUACCUGAGGGACACAGGACGGAGGAUUAUUUGCUGUUCUGGAUUGGUUUAGACAACUCGGCUUUCUCAAACUUCAUAUUAACAUUUAAUAGUUGUGAAAUAGUCAGAUAUGAUGCAAUUGAAGGUUGCUUGAAGACUGAUGUAUCUCAGCAGGCAAAAAUUCUUAAGCGCAGGUAUUAUCUAGUUGAAAAAGCGAAGGAUGCAAACAUGGUUGGGAUCUUGGUUGGAACUCUUGGAGUUGCUGGUUAUCUAGAUAUGAUUCAUCAAAUGACAGAACUCGUGACUAGAGCUGGGAAAAAGGCAUAUACCUUUCUUAUGGGAAAGCCAAAUCCUGCAAAAUUAGCUAAUUUUCCUGAGUGUGAUGUUUUCAUCUAUGUAUCCUGCGCUCAAACGGCUCUUUUGGAUAGCAAGGAGUUUUUAGCUCCUAUAAUCACUCCUUUUGAAGCUUUGAUAGCUUUCAACAGGGGCAGUCAGUGGACCGGAGCUUACUCAAUGGAAUUUCAGGAUGUGAUUGCUUCCCAGCCUGCCGAAGUAGAAGAUGAGACAGAAUCACGUUUUUCUUUCUUUCAGGGUGGAUAUGUUGAAGAUUUUAAAUUGCAAGAGGGGAAGGAGGAAAAGGAUGCAGUUCUUUCCCUGGUAAAUGUCACAGAGAAGGCUUUGCUGCUGCAGAACAAGGAGACUGAGCUGUUAUCAAGAAGAGAUGCCAAAUCUGGAGCUGAGUUUUUUGCAGCUCGAUCAUAUCAAGGUCUUGAAAUCCAUAGCAGUGACUCUUUUCCAGAGCCGUUUUUAAUCGGUAGAACAGGGAAGGCAUCUGGAUAUGAGGAUGAACAAAUAAGCUAGAUCGUUUGGGGAAACAUUUGCAAUAGAAAGCCAGCACAGAAAUACAGCGAAAUCUGUGUAAUGUUGGGACAGUAGACAUAAAGCAGAAUUCCGAUUAGUUCUUUCAUUGAAACCAAUUGGGGAUGUUUUGGCAGAACGCAGUAGCUGUGCAGCAGCUUUGGCACACAUAGAAGUGUUUGUGGCUAAAUUUGGGAAUCUCUGGCUAUUAUUGCUACUGUGGUGCUGCCAUUUUUGCCUUGCAGUGGCAUGGUUAAUUUUAAUCUAGCCUUGGGAAGAGCUUCUUGCAGCUGUUACUCAUUUCGUGGUAUAAUUCCAUCCCUAUUUGGUUAAACAGAAGGGGUUGACUUUCCUGAGUUCCACCAGUUGGGUCGUCUCUGCAUUGUUGUCCUCUUUGAACUGGAUCAGAUUCCAUUUAUGUCUUGUAUUAGUCAGGCAUAUUCAUAGGAUAGGAGAGAGCAUAUUUUUAAGUUGUUGUAGCGUUUCAUUGGCAUAACUUAGAAACUUGUUCUUACAUUCCUUCCCUUAUAACGCAAGUUCUUGUAAAUAUGGCUAGUAGCAAUGAAAUAGUUACGUAUUGUUGAUUUUUUUUGAA